UGCGCCACCGGCGCCUGCGCACAGUCCCUCCCAGGGAGUAAGAUGGCGGCGCCCGCAGGGGGAAGCCUCGCCGCGCUGGUAGGCGAGUCGGUGGCGGGGGAGAGGGUUGCCAUGGCGACUGCUUCCCCUCGCGGCCCCUCUGCUUGUUUCUCGCCGCAGGGCGCCAGCGAAGCCGCCGCCGCCCACGCGCUGUCCCUCCCGGCCGAGGCCUUCGGGAACGACCCCCGCGUGGAGACGAUGUGGGCUAUGAAGGCCUUUCAGCACGCCGAGGUCUACUUCAACCUCAUUUCUUCUGUUGAUCCCAAAUUUCUGACACUUACCAAAGCUGAUGACCAGAUCUACACUGAAUUCAGGAAGAACUUUAACCAUCUUAAGAUUGAUGUGCUUGACUCUGAGGAUCUUAAAUCUGGACCUGCCAAAGAGAAAUGGCGCCCAUUCUGCUUGCAGUUUGAUGGCAUAGUUGAGGACUUCAAUUAUGGCACUCUUCUACGGCUGGAUUGCAGUAAAGGUUAUACAGAGGAGAACACAGUGUUUGCUACCAGGAUCCAAUUCUUCGCUAUUGAAAUAGCCCGUAACCGAGAAGGCUACAACAGUGUUGUUUAUGACAGUGCCAAGAAAGUAAACUCAGCCACACAAAAAGCUAGCUCAGGAUGAGACCUUCUGCUCUCAGAGAGGGCAGUACAUUCUAAAGGGACAGGCUUCAUGGCUUUGCACCAGCAUGAACUGCAUUUGAGCUACGGACUGUUCCUGUUUCAUGGCCAAGGUAAAAGCCGCAUCUGGAAUGCUAUUCAAAAUCAUGGCUAUAAUGCUGAUGCAUUUGUGGGCUCAGUUGUAGCAAAUUGCUCUGAUGAUAAGUCUGAAUUCUAUGGAACAUUAAAAGUUAACCAAAAAUCAA